AUGCUGCUGCGCCUGGUGGUAUCGCUGGCCGCGCUCCUCAGCCUGCGCCUCGGCUCGGGCGCGCACGCUCUGGUACUGACACCCUUCUCCCUGGGGACAGAACUGCCCAGACCUCCAUCUGUGUGGUUUGAAGCAGAAUUCUUCCACCACGUCAUCCACUGGAUGCCCAUCCAGAAUCAAUCUAAAAAUACCUACUAUGAAGUGGCACUUAUGAGGUAUGGAAAAGAGCUCUGGAAGACCAUUCCCAACUGUAGCCAGACCCUGGCACAGUCCUGUGAUCUCACCACGGUGACCCUGGACUUGUACCACAGCAAUGGUUACCGGGCCAAAGUCCGGGCAGUGGACGGCAUCCAGCACUCCAAUUGGACCUUGGCCAGCACCCGCUUCUCUAGGGAUGAAGUGACUCUGACAGUUGGCAGCGUGAAACUAGAGAUGCAGAAUGGCUUCAUCUUUGGGACGAUCCAGCCACCCAGGCCUAAGAUGGCCCCUGUGGGCGACACAUAUGAAAGCAUCUUCAGUCAUUUCCGCGAGUACGAGGUUGCUAUUCGCAAGGUGCCGGGAAACUAUACGUUCACAAACCAGAAGGUAAAUCAUGAAAGCUUCAGUCUCCCAAUCUCCGGAGAGGUGGGAGAGUUCUGUGUCAGGGUGAAGCCAUCUGUCGGCUCCCGAAUUAACAAGGCAGCAUGGUCCAAAGAGGAAUGCAUUGUCCUCACCAAGCAGCAGUAUUUCACCGUGACCAACCUCAGCAUGUUCUUUGCCUUCCUUGUGCUGCUCUGCGGAGCCCUGGCCUACUGCCUGACCCUCCACCUGUAUGUGCAGCGUCGGGGGAAGCUGCCUGCUGUCCUGGUCUUUGAGAAGCCCAACCCCAUCAUCCCUAUCAGCCAGCUUCCCUGCCCAGAGACUGAAGACACUAUCCACCCCCUUGACGAGGAGGCCUUCCCGAAGGUGUUCCCAGAGCUGAGGAACUCGGACUUGCAUGGCAGCACGGACAGUGGCUUUGGCAGUACCAAGCCAUCUCUACAGACUGAGGAGCCCCAGUUCCUCCUCCCUGUCCUCCACCCCCAGGCCAGUAGGACUCUGGAAAAGGGAGAGUCCCCGGAGCUGGGGGACAGCUGCAGUAAUGGCAGUAGCAACAGCACGGACAGUGGGAUAUGCUUGCAGGAGCCCAGCCUGAGCUCCAGCACAGGGCCCACCUGGGAGCAGCAGGUGGGAAGUGACAGCCAAGGCCAAGAUGACAGUGGCAUAGGCCUAGUCCAAAACUCUGAGAGGCAGCCUGGGGAUACACAGGGUGGCUCAGCCUUGACCCAUGUCAGUCCCCUGGGGCCUGAGGUGCCUGGAGAAGAAGACCCAGCCGUGGCGGCAUUCCAGGGCUACCUGAAACAGAUCAGAUGCCCAGAGGAGAAGGCAAUCAAGGCAGGCUGCCUGGAGGAAGAGUCCCCCUUGACAGAUGGCCUUGGCCCCAAAUUCAGGACGUGCCUGGAUGCUGAGGCAGGCUGGCCUCCGCCAGUCCUGGCCAAGGGCUAUUUGAAACAGGAUCUCCCAGGAAUGACUCUGGCUCCCUCAGAGACCAUAACUGGACAGUGGAACCAACCACUUGAGGAAUGGCCACUCCUGGGCUUGACCAGCUGUGGUGACCUGGGAACAUCUGACUGGAGCUUUGCCCAUGACCUUGCCCCUCUGGACUGUGUGGCAGCUCCAAGCGGUCUCCUAGGCAGCUUUAACGCAGACCUGGUCACCUUGCCACUGAUGUCCAGCCUGCACUCGAAUGAGUGA